AUGUCGCUGAAAAAGUGGAAAAAAAUCGAACUUUUGGACCUCGCAGACAAGCUCGACAUCUACGUGUCGCAGUCCUCGACCAAGGCCAAGAUCGCAGACAAGAUCCAAGAGUACCUGGAGUUACUCGAAACGCCUCUGGACCUCCAGGAGUAUCCGGAGCUCGCCACGUACUACGAGAGCGUGAGCACGAGCGACGACGACGACGACAACAACAAGAUCGCAGACACAAUUGUGUCUGCGAAGUUGGAGACCAGUGAAGAAGAAGCCGAAAACGAUGACGAAGAAGAGGAGGCCGAGAACGAUAAUGAAGACGACGGAGAAGCCGGCGAGGGCAAAACUGGGUUUGCAUGGACUUCGUCGCUCGAUUUCAGCCGCAUAACCCCAGCCGAAAGCCCGUUUGCGUUCAAGUUCCACGAGUUUUUGCAGGACGUGCAGGAACGUGCGCGGGAAGCCAACGAAAACUUGCAGGACGCACUUUCGACCAUCCCAGCGGUCGAUGCCGUUUUUAUGGCGAUCGAGUUCUACGUGUACGUGGUCGCGCCACAUGUCAAGCUGGCGCCUUUUUCACACGCGCCCCAGGUGGUAUUUUCCGUUGGAUGGCGCGAAUUUGCGUCGUUGAUCUUGUUUUGGGCCGGCUGGUCCGUCGCGGUACCGGCUUUGGUCGCUUACUACGUGAAUUUCAUCCGCUACGAUCUGCCCGACAUGAACGUGGACCCGAUGGUGUUUCACGUGACCAAAGCGCUUUUGGCGUUGUUGGUGUCCAAAUGGCAGCCCUCGUUUGCGAACGAAGCCGCGUACACGGUCAAGGACGUUUCGGGUAACGUUUCCGCUGCGGACGUUGCCGCACAUUGGUUCCGGUUCGCACUCAUCGAAUGGAAGCUGCAGCUUGGACUUUUGCCCUUUGUAUUGGCCGUGGCAGGUUGUGCCCUGUGCCUUUACGUGUUGUGA